AUGUUGGAGAAGGAAUUGUGGAUGUUGGAGGAGGAAUUGUGGAUGUUGGAGGAGGAAUUGUGGAUGUUGGAGAAGGAAUUGUGGAUGUUGGAGGAGGAAUUGUGGAUGUUGGAGGAGGAAUUGUGGAUGUUGGAGGAAGAACGGUGGAUGUUGGAGGAGGAAUUGUGGAUGUUGGAGGAAGAACGGUGGAUGUUGGAGAAGGAAUGGUGGGUGUUGGAGGAGGAAUUGUGGAUGUUGGAGGAGGAAUUGUGGAUGUUGGAGAAGGAAUUGUGGAUGUUGGAGGAGGAAUUGUGGAUGUUGGAGGAGGAAUUGUGGAUGUUGGAGAAGAGGUGGAUGUUGGAGAGGAAUGGU